CAUUCCCAAACACUGCUGACAAAACUGAAUCUCAAGCUAUUUGGAGCGCUGUGUUGAAGGAUGCAGAGGAUUUAAAGUCCUUUUUUAUGAAAAGUUUUUAAAGUUCUUUAUGAAAGACAUUACGUUUCAUAUGAUGUUAUGACUAGAUACAACUUAGUCAUUUUCAUCGGCUGGUUUUUAACCCUCCCUUAUGACUCUCGUCAUGUGAUAAAGAAACUCUUCCUGUUGACAUUGUCAUAACACAGAUAUUAUAGUAUCACACGUCUUUCUUCAUUUGACUGAUUUCUACAACACGGGUCAUUCAGCUGUGCAGGAAACUUCUGAGACAUUUGUCUCAUCUACAACUAACUAACCAACCAGGAUUAUGGCUACAGGAUUUCAAGACUCAUCACAGACUGUAUGUGAUGUAAUCAAGAAGAGUAAAUUAAUCAGUGAAGGUCCACCUGCACGAUAUCGUCUCCUCACAACCAGAAGUAAUCUUGAUGAAAAAGGCUCAGUGAGAAAAUGGACAUUUGGACAGCGAGACGUCAAAAUGCAAAACAAAAUCCUACUGCUGGUAGGAGAAACUGGAACAGGCAAAACUACUCUGAUCAAUGCCAUGGUAAAUUAUAUACUCGGGGUGAAGUUUACAGAUGAAGUGUGGUUUGAGAUUACAGAAGAGGGAGGAGAUAAUCACAUGCCAGAUCAGUCAGAAAGUCAAACAACUGAAAUCACUGUGUAUGAGAUCUUUAUCCAAGGCAACCCAAUCUGUCUCACCAUCAUUGACACUCCAGGUUAUGGAGACACCAGGGGAGCAGAAAAUGAUAAACAGAUCGCUGAGAAUCUGUACAAACUGUUUCACAAUGAUACUGGAGUGAAAGAAAUCGAUGCAGUGUGUCUGGUAGUGAAGGCAUCUGAGAAUCGACUCUCUGACAGACAGCAGUACAUCUUUGAUGCACUUUUGUCAUUAUUUGGUAAAGACAUAGAGAACAACAUUGUCAUUUUUAUCACUCACUCAGCUGGAUUGCCUCCGACAAAUGCUCUUAAUGCCAUCAAGAAAGCAGGGAUUCUCUGCAGGAAAAAUAAAGGAAAUGAACCUGAGUAUUUCUCAUUCAACAAUUGUCAAACUGAGGAAAGGAACCCAGGAUAUAUCAAAGCUCUCCAGACAGCUUGGGAACAAAUGGAAAACAGUUUAAAUGAUUUCUUUUCCUCACUGAAAGAAGAGAACAGAAAAAGCUUAGAGCAGACUGAAAGAGUUCUGAAAGAGUCCAAACGACUUGAAGCCUGUAUUUCUAAUCUACAAGACCGUAUUGACUUUGUAGAGCGCAAACGUGAAGAACUGAUUCAGAUUCAGAAAGUCCUUGAGGAAAACCGAGAAAAGAUUAAGAAAAGUGAAGACUUUACUUUUACAGUCACCAAGUAUUACAAAGAAAAAGUUCCCAUUGAAAAUGCUUCAUGGUGGGACAGAAAGGCCACCACUUGCUCUGUCUGUGAGGAAAACUGUCAUGAGUAUAACUGCUGGAGCGCCUGGAGUCCUCUGUGGUGUUAUGUCAUGAAAAAUGACCAGUGCACUGUAUGUACAGGUAAAUGUCACUACACUAAACAUGUCAGAGAGGACAAGAAAUAUGUUACAUGCAGUGAAGAGACUAUGGUGACGUUUGAUGACUUCAAAAAACAAUAUGAAAGCAGUAAUUCAGCAUCAGAUAUCACGUUUGACUCAAACGCCGUUGAAAAUGUUAAAAAAGAGUUUGAAAGCAGCAAGAAACAGGAAGAGGAGAAGACAAGCAUAGAGAAGAGACUGAAAGAAGAACUGACCAAGAAUGAAAAGGAAAAAGCUGAGCUGGUGGAAGAAGCCUGCUCCAUCGUCAUGAAACUGUCUGAGAUUGCUUUAAAGUCAGAUUCUGCUUUCAUUGUUCAGUGUCUCAACUUCUUGAUCCCUCGAGCUGAAGAAACUGGAAAACUCAACUAUGCUCAGAAACUAAGAGAGCUGAAGAACAUUCAUCCUGAAUCACAGGAAAGAGUUAAUGCUGUACUGGGGUAUGCAAGAGCAGGGUUCAGUAAAAUUAAAGAUGCUGUUACUCGUACAAAUAACAUGUAAUGAAGAAGGAAUUCUCAUCAUAUCUGAAUCAAGACUGCAGGUUUUGUACAUUUAAUAAACUGCAUUGUGUUUAUUCAUUAAUGCUGAUGUUCAAUAUUUAAUCUUUUACUUUGUUUUGGUAAUCAUUUAACACUGUUUUGGUGAGCCAUUAUGAAAAAAAUUAAAGUAUAGCAAUGGAAUUUUUCUAAAAAAUUUAACUUUACCUUACACAUACCAUACUGCUUAUGAAGCUAUACUGUGCAUGGAUAGAUGAUUUAGUUAAUUAGCUUCUAUUGUUAAUUCCACUAGUGCUAAUGUUCUCUGUGUAACUAUCUGUUUAUCUGACUUUCUCAUUAAAUAACAGUGUUUUA